AUGGACACCCAAGUUCUAUCCACAGAACAUGUCCUCCCUGCACGCCGCAGCGCUGCCUGCGUCCCAGUCCCGCUAAUCUCGGCACCAAGCGUGGCCGCGCCGUAUGCCCAAGCUCUCCUCUUCUACGACAAGCAGGGCGCCGCGGCACUGGAUCCCAACGCCCUCUCCCGCUCUCUCGCCCAAACCCUCAGUGCGUACCCACAGCUGGCUGGGCGACUCGUCCUCCCGCCGACCACUCCCUCCACCUCCUUUCCCGACCGCCCUCCGCCCACCACUCCCUCCACCUCCUUUCCCGACCGCCCUCCGCCCACCACUCCCUCCACCUCCUUUCCCGACCCCCCUCCCCCCACCACUCCCUCCACCUCCUUUCCCGCAUACACCCGCCGCUUCCUCCGCCCAUGGAUGGAGUAUGGAUCCGAUGACCCAGGCUUCCUCCUGACCUUUGAGCGGCGCAUUGGGCCUCUAUCUGCAAUUCUCCCCUCUCCAACGCAAUGGGAUCGGGUUUACGAUUCCAGCGCCAUCGACUUUGAUCUCGCCCCAGCCACAGCGCCAAACCUCUCCCCCUCCAACCCCCGAACAGAAAAGCCGCUCUCAGGCGCCAAGAUCACUCUCUUCGAUGACGGCGCGGCUCUCGUGGUUGGCAUCAGCCACGUCCUAGCCGACGCAGGUGCUCUGGGGACCUUUGUUGAGGAUUGGGCAACGAUCCACGCUCUUCUCCCCUCCCAAGUGGAGGUUGCCGUGGACGAGCUAGUCAAGAAACGGCGCUUCGACUGGGAGACGCUCGAUGCUUACGCAGCCGGUGAUCUCGACGCCGCGCACCCCGAUCCCGCUCUCGAGAAACUCGAAGAAGGGCUGGACGUGCUCCGUUACGACGCGUGGGCGCGCGGAGCAACCCACCCCCCCGAGGCGAUGGACGCCAAGCCCGAUCCCGCUAUUCUGGAGCUAGACGCCGCGAGGGGACAUAAGCGCGGCCAACCUGCACCAUGGGGAUUACUCGGCACCGAACCAUGCAAGCGAUACGUGCUUACCUUCUCGGCGUCAGAGGUAGAACGCAUCACCGCCUCUGCCCGCCUCCAUGCUCCUAAGGCGAGCGCAAACGACGCCUUCGUAGCCCAUCUCUGGCGGCUCAUCACUCGCGCGCGACUCCAAAUUACAGGAGAGUUGGAGUUUACGAUGGCGUGUGAUGCACGCCGUCGCCUCAAUGCAGACGACACACCUGGAUGCUUCAACAUCUGUCUCGGGCUCAACUCGCCGGCCAAGGAGGUAUUGCAGGAUGGAUGGGCCGAGAGGCGCAUUCGGGCUGCCGUCGAUGGAGUCACGGAAGAGCGCGUUGGGGCAUGGCUUCAUCGACGGGCGCAUGACCUCGAUUUCCGGCGGGAAAUGAUCUGCUACCCGGUACCCAGAGCUUUUGGAGGGUUUGCUACCAUCCUCAAGGGGCGGGGAGACGGCGUGGAGAUGGGAGGCAAGAAUGGAGGGGGAGAGAAGGGAGAUAAGUGGUACGAACCCGGUGUCAACGUCAUGCUGUGGCUCGAAGAAAGUGCGAUGGAGCGGCUUGUUCGGGAUCCUGCGCUCAGGGGUUAUCGUGGAUAG